ACCAUUUUUUUCUUAAAAAAUUUUUAAACCGAAUUUUCAAAGCUCACAGGCAAUGCACGGGCUUAUAAAUAGCCAGUUAAUCCCUAUAGGUUCAUUGUAUAAGGGACGUUUUUACUUUAUAUAAUGAUGAUUAGUGCUAAAAUGAAGGUUACUGCAAAAUGCUGCAAUUUGUUGUUCAUCACCACCUCUUUCCUUUUAUUUAUCUCAGGGCUAGGCGUUCAUUCUUUGGACUAUGAUUAUUUUGCUACUAUUGAGUGUAUGAAAGAACCUCAAAGAGCACAAUAUGGAGGGGGAAUUAUAGUAAAUUCCGGAUUUGAUCACAACAUAGAGGGUUGGACAGUAUUUGGAAAUGGAACAAUUGAGGAACGUAUAUCAAAUGAUGGAAAUAGAUUCAUUGUUGCCAGCAAAAGAACACAAUCAUUAGAUAGUUUUUCACAAACGGUUCAGCUAGAGAAAGGAUUGAUAUAUACUUUUUCAGCUUGGCUUCAGCUGAGUGAAGGAAGUGACACAAUUUCUGUGGUAUUUAAAACAAAUGGAAGUGAUCAACUGGUGCAUGGUGGCCAUGUGAUAGCAAAGCAUGGAUGUUGGUCUCUUCUAAAAGGUGGCAUAGUUGCAAACUUCUCGAGCCCUGCUGAGAUUCUUUUCGAGAGCAAUAAUUCAAGUGUGGAAAUAUGGGCUGAUAGUGUGUCCUUGCAACCAUUUACUAAAAAGGAAUGGAGAUCACACCAAGACAACAAUAUUGAAAGGGUACGUAAGAGUAGAGUGAGAUUCCAUGUAAGUAAUGUAAAUGAAACAGCAUUGGAAGGAGCAACAGUUGUGAUAACACAAACAAAGGCAGAUUUCCCAUUUGGAUGUGGGAUGAACCAUCAUAUACUCACAAACAUUGACUACCAGGAAUGGUUUGUGUCAAGAUUCAAAUACACAACUUUCACCAAUGAAAUGAAAUGGUAUAGUACAGAAAUAAUUCCAGGCCAAGAAAACUACACUAUCUCAGAUGCAAUGUUAGAAUUUGCUAAAGAUAAUGGAAUUUCUGUCAGAGGUCAUAACAUUUUCUGGGACGAUGAAAAAUAUCAACCUGAAUGGGUUAAGUAUUUAUCGCCCGAUGAAUUGCGCAAAGCCGCGAAAAAAAGAAUCGAAUCUGUUGUUAAAAGGUAUAAAGGAGAAUUGAUUGCAUGGGAUGUGGUGAAUGAAAAUGUCCAUUUUCACUUUUAUGAGGACAAACUAGGUGAAAAUGCAUCUGAAUUAUACUAUUUAAAAGCUCAUGAGCUUGAUCCAGAAACAAAAUUGUUUAUGAAUGAGUAUAAUACUAUUGAAUAUAGUGGAGAUAAAGUUGUUAGCCCACCCAACUAUCUCAAAAAACUUGAGGAGAUUAUGCAAUCUGGAGAAGCUACUGAAAUAUUAUUUGCCAUAGGAUUGCAAGGCCAUUUUGCAAGUGGCCAGCCAAAUCUUGCUUACAUGAGGUCAGGUCUAGAUUUUCUUGGUAAUAUUGGAUUUCCAAUAUGGCUCACAGAAGCCAGUUUGGAUCCUCAGCCAAAUCAGGCAGAGUAUUUUGAAGAGGUACUAAGAGAGGCUUAUUCUCAUCCAGCAGUUGAAGGGAUUAUAAUGUUUGCUGGUCCAGCACAAGCUGGUUUCAACAGUACACUUCUUGCAGAUACAAAUUUCCAAACUACUCCAACUGGACAAGUUGUGGACAAUUUGAUUCUUGAAUGGGGAAGUGGGCCUUAUACAGCCAUAGCAGAUAGUAGAGGAAUUGUAGAUAUUUCAUUACAUCAUGGAGAUUAUGAUGUAACUUUUACACAUCCUUUAACUCAAAACUCCAAAAAAUUAAACAUAAGUGUCAGAAAAGGAUUUUCACAGGAAAACAUCCAUGUGAAAAUGCAUGCCUAAAUUAUAAAUAAGAACCACCUUAUGUAAUUUGUGCUAUAGUACGUACAUUAGCAUUUACUUGCACACUCACUCUUCAAAAUUGAAUGUGAAAAAAAGAUUGUUAAAAUAA